ACACAGAAGAAGCUUGCUAUUCAUAGGAUGCAGUGAGAAUCCUGCCAACUACCUUGGAUCUGUUUGAGUAACGCCACUCGUCCUGCAUGCUAGCUGAAAGCACCUGUUGUAUUUCGGUACAAGAAUAGAGACUGCAAACAAGCCCCGGCUAAUCAAAUUAAGAUGCAAAAGUGUACUAGACUGCUGUUGGUGUCUAUAAUGCUGUGUGCCACUAUUUCACAGACGCUUGGACUCAGUUUAACAGGAAAAGACAAACGUGGCUGGACGCUGAACAGUGCAGGUUAUCUCCUAGGACCACAUGCAGUAGAUAAUCAUAGAUCUUUUAAUGACAAACAUGGAUUAGCUGGAAAACGCGAUCUGGUUUUUGAAGAUGUAACAAACUCAGGAAGUAUUCUAAGAACCUUGGCAGAUGAAAAUGUAGUGCACACGCUGAUUGAAUUUUUGACCUUCUUACAUCUGAAAGAAUCUGGUGCACUUGACAAUUUAAACUCCCAGAUGUCAGCAGAAGAUUAUAGUCAGUGACAAAAAAUAAAUUACUAUGGAAGAAACUAAUUUUCAGAACUUGAAUGUUUGUUU